CCCCUCAUCAUAUCAUAUAUACCACCAAACAUAUUAGCUACCUCUCUAUCUAGCUCUCUCUUACUCAUCCACAUUUCCCUCUCUAUCUCUCUCUAGCUUCGUUGGCCAGCUUUGGAAUUGUGGUGGUGUCGGCCGUUAAUAGUGUGAUAGAUUUUAGUUAAGGAGGUAGCAAUUUCUGCUAAUUGUCUAUUCAGAAAUGGGCAGAAAGUGCUCACAUUGUGGAAACAUAGGCCAUAAUUCAAGGACCUGUACAAAUUUUGGAGGCAGUUCCACUGCUGCUGGUUUUGUUGGUACUAACGGAUUCAGGCUCUUCGGUGUUCAAGUUCAUAAUCUUGAUCAUAUAUCUUCUUCCGUAUCUUCUUUUAAUGCCAUGAACAUGAUGAUGAUGAAGAAAAGCUUUAGCAUGGAUUGCUUGCCCACAUCUUCAGCCUCAUCCUCAUCCCCAUCUUCUUCAAGGGUUUCCAUUGAUAAUGAAAACUCUGAUCAUCACAAAGCUCCUAUCGGUUAUCUCUCCGAUGGCCUCAUAUGUCGUGCCCAAGACCGGAAAAAGGAAUGUUCUCCGUCAUUUAUAGGAGUUCCGUGGACAGAAGAGGAGCACAGAACAUUUCUGAUGGGGCUUGAGAAGUUAGGGAAGGGGGACUGGAGAGGAAUCUCGAGGAACUAUGUGACCACUAGAACACCAACUCAAGUAGCUAGUCAUGCUCAGAAGUAUUUUCUCCGGCAAGCAACCCUCACCAAGAAGAAGCGUCGUUCAAGCCUCUUCGAUAUGUUUGGGAGCAAAAGUUGUGAGCCACAAUCCAAGCUAAGAAGCAUCGAUCCAGCUCAAUGUGUUAACAGUAUUCCAUCAAGCCCUCAACAUCAAAAUCUUCAACUUUAUACUACUACCGAUAUCACAUCUGCAUCACAAAACCUAAAACUGUUUGAUCGUCAGCGAAUUCCAGCUGACUACAGCGAUUAUAUUCCUCCCUUAGGCAGUUCAUAUGAUCGUGAUCGUGAUCGUGCACGUGAUCACAGUAUGCCUGGAUGGAUUUACGGGUUGAUCGAUUCCCAGCUGAAAUUCUCAAAUGCAGCUUCAUCAUUAAAACCCAGCACUAGUACUAUUCCACCACCACCGUCAUCAUCAGUAGUACCAGAUCAUCUAGAGCUGACGCUCGCUGCGCCGGUUAGGCCUUUGGAUUUAGAUCAAAAUAGAUCAUCGUCAUCCCCAACAUCUGGCCCUCUCCUUAAUACUAUAAGUGUUACUUGAUCCCAGAAUAAUAGCAAGCAUGAAGAUCAUUUUUGACGUACGUUAACCCAAGAAUCAUAGCUAGUACAGCUGAAGAGGAUGAAGACGAACAUAUUAUUAAUUCAUGGGCCUCUUUAAUUUAUGAUAUGUUCUUAGUUUUUCUUUCUCUGUCUCAUUUCUUUUGAAUAAAUGGAUCCUGUAUCCUUGA